AUGCCUCUCCCCCCUCUCCUUAUAUGCUUUGCCCCCCUCCCUGUCAUGCCUUUCCCCUCCCACCCUAUAUGCCCAUCUCCCACCUCCCUACACAUCCCUUCCCCCCUCACUUUCCCUACAUAUUCCCCCCUCCCGCCCCUUUCUUUCGACUGCUUUGACGACUUGCGCUCCGACCUCGUCGACGAGCGGUUCUCCGACCCCCUCGUUGAGCAGCCCUCCGACUGCGUCGACGAGCCGUCCUCCGACUGCGUCGACGAGCAGCCCUCCAAGCACGUCGACGAGCAGCCCUCCCGACGACGUCGACGAGUCCUCCAACCGCGUCGACGAGCCGUCCUCCGACCCGUCGACGAGCCGCCCUCCGACCGCGUCAACGAGCCGUCCUGCGACUGCGUCGACAAGCAGCCCUCCGACUCCGUCGACGAGCCGCCCUCCGACCACGGUGACGAGCAACCCUCCGACCACGGUGACGAUCAGCCCUCCGACCUCGUCAACGAGCGGUCCUCCGACCGCGCCGACGAGCAGCCCUCCGACCACGGUGACGAGCGGCGCUCCGACCCCGUCGACGAGCCGUCCUCCGACCUCGUCGAUGAGGUGUGCUCCGACUCCGUCGACGAGCGGUCCUGCGACAGCGUCAACGAGCGGUCAUCCGACCGCGUCGACGACUUGCCCUCCGAUUGGGUUGAUGAAGUGCCCCCAUCGGAGCGCACCUCGGGGGGAGGAUGUGCUGCUCGCCUGCACGAGAGCGGUGCCACUCUCGGCUCGAAGGAGGAAGCGCCGCCACUCGCCUCGGUGAAGGAGGAGGCGCAACGCGCUCGCCUCGCCCUCAAAGGAGAAGCGCCGCGCUCGCUCAGGGAGGAAGCGCAGAUCUUGUCGUCGAUGAACGAGCGACGCCACUCGUCUCAAAGAAGGAGCGCGCUGCUUUUGCUGAGGAGUGCGCCACUCUCGCCUCGAAGGUGA